CCUCCUUCCGUCUUUCCCUCGCCCCUCACUCUCAGUCACAGUUCAUCAAAUUCUGUUCCAAUCCUCAGAAGCAAACCAUGUAAUCCAAUCCAAAUGCUGUUCACAAAAGCCUCAUCAAUUUGCAUCAAAUUCAUGCAAUAACCCAGAUGGGUAUGUGAGAAUAACGAAAAUGAUGAGAUUUUUCACCAUUGGAAUAGCGGUUGGUUCAUCAUGCAGAAGCUUGAGCACAAAGGGUUGUUCUUCAAAACCCUCAUCUGGGUCUUACAUCAAGUACAAGAACAAGGGUAAGACAACAACAACAACAACAGAGAGAAGACAACAACGUGGGAAGCGGAUUCAAUGGACUGAGGAGCAGAAGAGUGUGCUGUCUGCUGUGAGUCAGAGGAGUUCUGUGUUUAUUACAGGCUCAGCUGGGACUGGAAAGACACAACUGGUCACUGAGGUUGUCAAGUUGUUGAAGAAAUUGCACACCAAGUCUAAGGUUUUUGUCACAGCUUCCACUGGGGUUGCAGCAUUUGCUCUCAAGGGUCAAACUUUGCACUCAUUUGCCGGGAUUCGUUACCCCGUUGAUGAUUCUGAACAAUUGUUGCGCGUGAUUAGGUCUGACAAGAGGGCGUCGAGGAGGUGGCAAAAGGUUGAAGCUUUAGUUAUUGAUGAAAUUAGCAUGGUGGAUGGAAGGUUGUUUGAUAACCUUCAAUUUGUUGCCAAAGAGUUGAAGGGUGUGGAUAAAACAUGGGGUGGAAUUCAGCUGGUUGUGGUUGGGGAUUUCUGUCAGUUACCCCCAAUCGCUGAUGAUGCUUCCAAGGUUGUAAAGUAUGCUUUUGAAGCUGAUUGUUGGAAUGACAGCUUUAGUUUGCAGGUAGAGCUUACUAGGAUCUUCAGGCAGUCUGAUCCGCGGUUUAUCGAGGUUCUUCAAGGCAUAAGGGUGGGGGAAGUUGAUCAGGAUGACUUGUCAUUCCUAGAGAAAUAUUGCUCGGAGGCCGAGUGUGAUCCCUCUGCAGUGCAGCUCUAUCCGUUGAAUAGAAUCGUUAAGAAAGUGAAUGAAGAGAAGCUUAAAAGCUUGCAAAAGGAUGUUGUUUUCUAUAGAGCUGUUGAUGAUGGUUGGAAUUCUUGGAAGAAGCUGCUAAGUCAGGGGAUAGCGCCCGAUGAGAUCUCCAUUUGUUUAGGUGCAAGAGUUAUGCUGGUCAAGAAUUUAAAAACUUGGAACGGAUUAGUGAAUGGAGCCACGGGUACGGUUGUGAAAUUUGUUAAGGAAGCGGGCAUUGGUGACAUCUGCUCCGAAAACCUGCUGCCAGAAGUCAAAUUUGAUUCGGGGAAAGUUGAGGUGAUUGGACCAGAAGAGUGGCAUGUAACGGAUGGAGAUGUAGUUGUUGCUAGGAGGAAGCAGAUACCACUUAUAUUGGCAUGGGCUCUGAGCAUCCACAAGUGCCAGGGAAUGAAUCUUGACAAAGCUUACAUCAACUUGUCAGGAGCAUUUGGCUGUGGAAUGGUCUACACAGCACUUUCUCGUGUUAAAAGCUUGGAUGGUCUUCAUUUAUCUGGUUUUACGCCAUCAAGUAUUCGAGCAAAUCCUAAGGUUACAAAUUUCUAUAGGAAUUUGGUUUUGCAACGUGAUAACAAAGAUACUAACAAUGGUUGCAUUGAGAGAAAUCAAAUCUCUAAUAGCAUUACCAGAGAUUCAGAAAAAGCAGGCACUGCAGAAAACAAGUACCUUUUUUCACUCUCUGAUUUCCUAUCUAGACGCCUGAAAGGAUCCUGAAGAUGGCCCUCUUUCUUUAUGUCAAUAUUUACCAUGAUUUUACUUCUGUGAGUGCCGAAUUUUACUUUGGCGUGAUUUUUAGGAUACACAAUUGUUUGUUUUUUCCCCUUAAAGUGAGGAAGAUUUAUCAACUAGUUCACUUUGGUCUAGGUUUUGCUUGGCAAUGCUGAACUUUUCAUUCUUCUUAGGCAAAUGAAGUAUAUCAGAUUAGCUCAUCAAGCAUGAUUCAUAUCUUCUUUUGUAAAUAAAGAAAAUGUUUUCCAAUUCACUUGCAUUUAUUUUGAUAUAAUUCCGAUUUUUUUAUGCUUAAA